AUGCCUGCGGUAGUCCACGUCCCUCAGCCGCAGGAGCGGGGCCCAAGCGCUGCGAUUGAUCAUAGCAAAGGCUCAAGAGCAAGGAAGUCCACAGCCAUUCGAGCUUGGUAUAAGAAACGAUUUCCCAGUUGUAUUAAGGCCAAAGUCGACGAUUCACCUGAGCUGCCUCGAUCCAUGCCGAUCGAAGAGUUCCUGUUCCAGCCCGGUGCUGCCGCUCUGACUUCGCGAAACCAAAUGAAUUCCAGCAUGACCAAUGCACGGGAAGCAAAGUCACGGUCGAAUGAUACGAAAGAAGCCCUCCGUGAUGCACGAAAUGCCGAAUGUUUGAUCGAGUUGCCGCUUCAUAGCAAAUCAUCAAUCCGUAGUCGGUCGAAUACGUUUGACAUGCAGGGAGUGUCUAGGAAUGAGACAUCGUCACCUUCUACCCUCCCGACGCACUCCCAAGUGAACGACCCGGAGAUGACGUUGAUGCAUACCAAUCAAGCUGGUGAGUACCUACCACCUCCAUCUUCGUCAUGGAAAGCUCGACCUCGGCCUCGUCGCGCAAAUAUCAAUUCUCCUGACGACUUUAACCGAUUCCGCUCCGACAUUCAAGGCAGAGUCGAGUUAGAUUCACAGCCAUUGGCCCCAGGAAGAAACCAUGCGAAAGUUCCCGAAAGCGAAGACGUGGUAUUUGAGCUUGACUACGGCGCCCGACCACCACGAGCCUCAGCAUCCCUGGCCAGGGUCCUACUUGAAUUACCUGUAUCAGCUACAUCAACAGGUGGCCUUCCAAAACCCGGUGCACCUCUGCCUAUAGACCCAACUCCAAUCCCCUUCAUUUCAAGCGUGGUAUCAUCAGAUAAGGAGAUUGUACCCGACGAUCAGGGGGCUCGGAAGUUCACAACAUUUAAAGCAUAUCCUGGGGUGCCGAAGCGGAAGCCUGUGCAGGUGAGUUAUGUUCCACCCCUCUUACAAGCCGGGUAUGCGAACGGCGUCCCUCCAGUCCUCCGAGCCAGUCACACUAAGCAGUUGACUUCUCAAGGAGAUAAAUCAACUAACAAUGUUUUGCGGCGAGAGUCGGAAAAUGGAAGAGGGAGCCGAGCACCCUACUUGCGGCCCUCGGUGGACUUUCACGAAGAAAUGUUCUUGAACUCGGUCCCAUCACAAAGCAUUUUGAGCCUCCCGGGACGUCGCCAUCCGAAACACCAUGAAUCACGGAUCCCUUCGAUGGACUUUUCAACAGAAAGAUUUGGAGAAGAAGUGAUUGCUAUGCUUGGCAAUUUCGAGGAAGAAAAGAAAGAAACAUCUGCUCCAGCGGCGGUCGGAGGACAGCCUCAGUCCCAGUCUCAACACCGUGUGUCGCCUAUCUCAUCAAUGGAUAGGAGAGGAGCAAUUCACGAAAUGGAAGCAUGUGGUCUAUGUCGACGAGGUGGAAGUCAAGCAAUGACAGCUCGAUCUGCGACACGAGAGAUUCGGCCGGACCAGAAUUCGAACCCGGUAAGCCCUGUCUCGCCUUUGUCCAGUGGUACUGCUCAAGUAAGUUUUCUUGAAUACAAUUGGCCUCGUUUUAGCGAAAUGCACGAAUAUGUGGAUCCGGCGGAUGAAUAUAGUCGACGAUUCCGAGAUCGAAGACGCGAAAUUCGACGAGGAAGAGAGCAGGCUAGAACAUGA